AACACAGUGCAGAGCAGAGCUGGCAGUCACAGUUGCGCCCUGGAUUGUAGCAGAGAGAGUUCAGCCCUCCUGCAGCCUGUUAGCCCACCACCAUGGAUGUCAAACUGCUGGCACUGAUGGCUCUGCUGGCCGUGGCCACACAUGUACCAACCUCCAACGCAAAGCCCAUCAGUCUGGUAGAGCGGUGCUGGUGUCGUUCCACCCUCAACACGGUUCCGCAGCGCUCCAUCAAAGAGCUCAAGUUCCUCCACACGCCCAACUGCCCCUUCCAAGUCAUUGCCAAGCUGAAGAGCAACAGGGAAGUCUGCAUCAACCCGGAGACCAAGUGGCUGCAGCAGUACUUAAAGAACGCUAUUAACAAGGUGAAGAAAUCGCGAAGACGCAAUAACAAGAAAAACUAAACACACAGGAAGACAAGUAUGUCGUCAGGCCUGGCGUCCCCGGGUCGAACCUGUAUACCUCCCUGUCACUGCUAUGGAUGUAUGUAAACACGCUGUAUGUACCCGUCCACCUCUCUGGACUGCUUGCAGAACCAGCACUUCACCGCCAAACCGUGCGUCCCCAGCACCAUCACCACUCUGGACACCCACGCAGUCACCUCCAACUCUCCGUGGUAGCAGCAAGUGCAAUUAUACCUUGGGAUGACGGGACACAUUCUCACAUCAGAUAUAUAUGUGUGUGUGUGUGAGCACUGGGCACGAGAGCGAUUGUGUGUGUGUUUGAAUGUGCAACAUAUGAACUCUUUUGUGUGUCAUAUAUAGAGUUUUCUUACUUCACACAGCCAGAGAGGAACAAUUUGAGCUUUCUGUCCCACGCAAGGCUUUGUGGGUAAUGCCACCUUCAUGUCACAUCAGAAAAAAUAUUUACAUCAGCCUCCCAGGAGGUAUAAUGAUUGGAUUUUCUUGGCUGGUCAUGUCCUGUAUAUUAAAUUGUGCAGUUUUGCAAACUGAAGAAGUGUUUAAUUUAGAAACAUAAAAGGUCAAUGCACCCAAUUCAGUUAUUUUCACAGUAAUAUCUCCACUUGUGCUGCGUUAACAUGGAGUCAUGGAGACGGUAGACGGCAAACCGCGUAUCAUUUUACAUUUUUAAAAUUAGGUGAGGCUGACAGAGAAUACUGGCAAUGGACACAGUAGACAUAAUUUCUGUCCAAAGCUAUAAUAUUGUCUCUCUGACUCCAUGUGAAUGUAGCAUUAUGAGUUUUUUUAAAGGAGUCACUGCUCGUAUUGUUCGUGUUUCUAAUUGUAGAUUAAACAAAAUGACUCAGGAUGGAGGUGUUACAGAUUUAAAUGUAAAAGUUUUCUCUUAUAAGAAGUGAAAGUGGCAUUACUCUAUCACUGACAGGACCUGGGGCAGUAACAGGGGCUGGCCAAUGGGGUUAACCCCUCACAAGUAGUGACCAAUCAGGGCAGACGAUUUCAGAACAGAAUCUUGAGUCGUCUUCAAGAUUCGAGCUCCACCAAUAGCAACAAAACGGAGGCUCACACACACUGCUAAGAAGCAAGCACUGAUGUUGUGGUGCUAUAUAUCCAGUAUAAGGGGUCAGAGCCAUUGACAUAAUUAUAUUCCACUGUUUAUGUUUAUGCAAGAUUUAAGAUGGGAUGUUGUGACCCCUGUGUGUUAUAUACAAACACUACUAUGUUUUUUUUAACCAGUCACAAAAUAUUUAAAGUGCUGUUAUAAGAGUCUGAAGUGGAAAAUGAAAUGGAAAGCUGAUGUUAUGCUAAGGCCAUACUGUACUGAUAAAUACUAUAAGAAAUGAAACACUUAUCAAUGCAUCUUUUUUUGUUAUUGAACAUAUCAGUUAACUGAGACCAAACAUGCAACAUAAAGAAACCUGUGAAACCUCAGAGAGCACGACUUUAUAUUCCAUUUACUGUCAGAAAAAGGGAGAAGAUCAUCAUCAUUCUUUUCUUUAAUUUUUUUUUUUUUUUUUUUUUUUUUUUACACCUCAUUAAGGGACUGUAGGUAAAUGUAUGUCAUGACAAGAGAGCAAUUCAACUGCAGUAUUUUCAUACCAACACCUGUCCUUGGUAGGAAUGAAAAGCUAAUAAGUUGUCACAUUAAACAUCUGAGUGAGAAAUGGAACAUGGGGAAUGUUCACGGUGGCGAAAAGAAAGUUUUUGUUAAUCCUUUUUUUAUAUAUAUAUAUUUGAGCCACUUUAUUAUCAGAUGUGUCUUUUAAUGUAAUUGUUUUAUUUUUAUAUUGUGUAUAAUCUUACUAAAUGCUUCUUUUCUAAUGCAAUGUACAGUAGGCAGUAGCUACUAAAUGAAGGCUAGUCCAUAAAAUGCAGUGUUAUGCUUCAUUUUUAAGGUUUUAUGCAAUAUUUCACAUGUAUGUAAUGGUGUUACUACACAGUAUGCAAUGUUAAGGACUUUUUUAAAAUAUUUUUUUACAGUGUAGAUAAAAAGAAUAGCAGCCCAACACAUCAAAUAUCGUCCUCCUGGUUUUAUGUUCUGUCCGUCCUGUUCCCAUAUCAACUGAUCCGAGAUGUAACAACAGUGAACUGAAUAAAAUCUGUGAGGUUCA